AUGUGGAACGGUAUAACAAUCGGUUAUAGUUCAGCUGACGAGACUAUAAAUUUUGGUACUCGUGCUGUAGCUAUUGGCGACAGCAGAAUAUUUGAAACAACCACUUUGGCCACAAUUAAAAGAACAUGUGAUGUAAAAUGUGUAUCCAAAGAAGACCUAAGAAUCAGUGCUAUGUGUACACCAGAUUUGAUGUACAUUUCAGGAGGCCAAUCUUAUACCUCAUUUAAUACCAGCAUUACAGAAAUCAAUCAGACAUUUGGAUUUCCUAAUCAAAUAGUGGAUGCUAAAAUGUCAGAUGAUGGCUGUUACUUAAUAGUAUUAUUAGAUGAUUGGACUAUAUACUGUUGUUCGUUUACAAACCCAAGGAUUUUAUUUAUCAAGAAAGUAUCAAAAAAUCCCCGUUGCUUGCCCUCGGAAAUGGAAUCACCUGUAGGUCUCUUCUUUUCUCAUAAAGAAAAUCAUUUCUAUAUUACAGUUACCACGUCAUCUGGAUUUAUCAAUAAAUUUAUUUGUGCCAAUGUCCAGGAAUUAAUAGAAAAAUCUGUUCUUGAUAAUGAUUUUAAAAACAUAGAACAUCUUAUAACUUUGAAUGUAUUCGAUAUCCACGAAAAUGUAAAAACGGUGUGUGGAAUGUAUGAUAAUAUUUUAAUAGCUGGUGACAGCAUUUGUCUAUAUGAAGGAGAAAACAUGAGGUCUAAGGAAUUUUUAUUCCCAGACAACUGUAAAAUUAAAAAACUCAUUUUCACUCAAGAUAAAAGUUUCAUCAUCUGCCUAACUGAUUCAAAAACUAUGUUAUUGGUAUGUGCAUUUACAUUUUUACCAGUCAAAGAAUGGAAUAAGGUGCCUAUUAGUGAUUUUACUGUGAUGCAAGAAAUGGGUACUACAAGUAUUCUUCUAUUAACUGACGAAAUACAGCCUUCAUUGAUGCUAGUUUCAAUGCCAGGUAAUUUAAUAUUAAUUAAUAAACAGCGUUUAGGUAUAUUUUAA